GGGCGUGCCUGUGGCUCCUCCUCCCGAGCGGCUCCGAAUGCAAAGGCAAAGCCGGCGGAGAGAACCGAGUGUUUCCGAAAGGGAAAAGUGGGCGGGGCAUCACUGGCUAUUUUUCCCGAGCAGACCCGAAGUGAAGCCGUGGGCGGGGCGUGCCUGUGUCUCCUUCCCCGAGUCCCUCCGAAGGCCUCCCGAGGAGGAGGAGGAAGAAGAGGGAGGCCUGUUGGAGGCGCGAUGAUCGAGGUGUCGGCGUGGCUGGUGCGGGGCGCGGUGUUCCUGGCCGGGGAGGCGCUGGAGUGCCUGGUCACCUUCCGCAACCCGCUCCCGCCCGACGCCACCUCCGCCUCCAGUGAAAUGCUGGCCUGGGCCAGCGCGCAGAUCCACUGCCAGUUCCACGUCAGCGAGAGCCGCGUGGCCAUGCCGCCCACGGAGGAGAGCCGCCACGACGUCCAGGCUGAGAACGAGACCGUCUUCGUCCCCAACAGAGGAGAGCGUGGCAAGUGCAUCGUCUCAACACCCCCAAAGAUCCUCUUCUGUGACCUGCGCCUGGAUCCGGGAGAGUCCAAAACCUACUCCUAUUAUGAGACGCUUCCUGUGGAUGGCCCUCCCUCUUUCCGCGGCCAGGCGGUCAAGUACGUCUACAAGCUGACCAUCGGCUGCCAGCGGGUCAACUCCCCCAUCAAGCUGCUGCGGGUGCCCUUCCGGGUGUUGGUGCUGCACGGGCUCAAGGACUACCGCUUCCCCCAGGAGACCGAUGCUGUAGCCACCGUGGCCCCCUCCAACCCGUUCCUGGAGGAGGAGGAAGGGGCCGCCAAGAAGGACUCCCGCCUCGCAGACCUGGCCACCGAGCUGCUCAUGGCCGCCACCUCCCGGCGCAGCCUUCACCUGUACAACAUCAGCAACUCCCGGGGCAAAGUGGGGACCUUCUGCAUCUUCAAGACGGUCUACAAGAUCGGGGAGGACGUGGUGGGGACCUUCAACUUCUCAGAAGGGGACGUCCCCUGUCUGCAGUACCUGGUCAGUCUGCAGACGGAGGAGCGCGUGCAGGAGGGCUUCCGCCGCCAGAAGGGCGCCCCCGCCUCCUUCAGCACCCACGCGCGGCACCAGGAGGCCUGCCUCCACACUGCCAGGACCAGCUUCAGCCUCCCCAUCCCGCUCUCCUCCCCUCCGGGGUUCAGCACCAAUGUCGUGUCCCUCAACUGGAGGCUGCACUUUGAGUUUGUGACUUCGCGAGAGGUGUCGGCGCCAGGAGAGUCGGCCCCCACCCGGACCCCCGAGGGACCCUCCUCACCCACUUCAUUGUCCUCUGAAGCCUCCAGCUGGACGGGGGAGGAGCAGGUGGAGGUGGACACGCUCAGCUGGGACCUGCCCAUCAACGUUCUGCCCACCAACCCGCUCCUGGCCUCCUACAUCUCCCAGCUGCCGAGCUCCAGCUCACUCACCCUCUGAGAUGGAGGUUCGGGUGAAGGAGAGGACGAACUCUGUGUGUGUGUAUCUGUGUGUGUGGACCCCCUCCUCACACACAGUGGUCAUUCAUUACUAUGUGAUUUGAUGCCCUUCUGGACUAAAGUGUGAUUAUCGUCCCCAUCCCUCUCAAGAAGUGGAGCCACUGGAGUAGCCAUGGGCAAACUUGGGCCCACCCUCCAGGUGUUUUGGACUUCCAACUCCCACCAUUCCUGGCCUCAGGCCCCUUCCUUUUCCCCCUCAGCCGCUUAAGCGGCUGAGGGGGAAAAGGAAGGGGCCUGAGGCCAGGAAUGGUGGGAGUUGGAAGUCCAAAACACCCAGUAGGAGGGCCAAAUUCUGCCCAUGCCUGCACUGGAGUGUGGCCAUUAGGCACAAUGGGGAGGGGUCUCCUCUCUGGAGCGCAAAGACUUUCUCCCAUGGAGAAGAAGACCCCCUUUUUUGGCAAAGGGGUCCCAUCGUGUCCUGCAGUGAGCUCUGGCUGACCCCAUAAUCAUCUCCCCAUGGAGUGGGCAGCUGCUCAGUUGCUCAAGGGACCCAGACUGGGGUGUGGGAAUCCCUUCUUUUCUGCUCUGCUUUCCUGUUUGUGCUUUUUACCAAUAAAGGAAUGCUGCUCCUGA